GGCAGUCAGGUGACUGUCUGCAGACAGAACAUGGCUGACCUGUCAGAAGACCAAUGAGGGAAAGGCCAAAUUUUGCAUAAUCGAUCUUAUUUUUCUGUCCGUUUGUGAGCACAGUUGACCGCCGCGGACAGCGUUUGAACAGAGGUGUCCAAGAUGAGUGGGUUGCCGGAGGGAAUCGCAAAUGGCCCAAGCAGGAGUGAACACUUGGAGAAUGGUGCUCAGGUUUGGGAGAGACCCUGGAAUCUUGAAGAGAUACGGCAAAGCAGUGCCAACUGGUCUUUAGCAGCAGACUCGGGGCUUCUCCUCUUCCUCCAAGACUUCUCUCAGAGAAUGCUGUCAAAGACACAUGAUAUCGAAAAGCAGUUGGACAGCCUGAUCCGUGACACCAAGGCCACAGACAGCUGCUUGCACUCUGUCUUCAACGACUUUCUAAUGCUUUCCAACACACAGUUUAUAGAAAAUAGAGUGUAUGAUGAAGAAGUUGAAGAAACUAUUCCCAAGGCUGAUGCUUCGGAAAAGCAGCCCGAGCAGGAGAAGACUCGAGAGCAGAAAGAGGCAGAGUUGAUCCCUAAGAUGCAGGAAGCUGUGAAUUAUGGUCUGAGAGUGCUGGAGUCAGCCUUUGAGCAUCUGGACAUCAAAGCAGGAAACUCUGACUCGGAGGAUGAGGAGGUCACAGAUAGAGUAGAAGCCAUCCUAGAGCCCAAGGAUCUCUAUGUGGACAGGCCACUCCCAUAUCUUAUUGGGUCACAAGCCUUCUUAGAACAAGAUGAUGUAGGACUCGGUGAUCUGUCCAGUGAUGAGAUGUCGGUUGACAGCGACAGAGACAGUGUGAUUGAGAGUGAAGAUGGCAAAGAAUCGGUUCAUUUGGAUGAAGAUGAUGACUUUAAUCAGGAUGAGGAGGAGAGUCAUAAUAAUAUUAAAAAGAAGACGUCCAUGGUGAGUUAUGAGGACGAUGACGAGGAGGAGGACGAGGACUCGGACAUAUUUGGAGAAUCAGACAAGGAUGAUGAAGACGACUCAAAAACCACGGGGCCGUCCUCCUUUGCUGAUGAACUUGCCGCCCGAAUCAAAGGCGAACCACUUAAUAAACCAUCGGGAGAUCGUGCAUCAUUGACCUCUAAGAAGAAAAGUAAAGCCAGAAAAGAACCAAAGCCUGCAAAGCCACAGGCAGCAGACGAGGACAGUGAUGACAUGUUUAAACCACCGAAGAUGGACGACGACGAAUUCUCCCCGUUUGGAGCGAAAAGCGGGCUCUUCAGUGGAGGGAAAGGCCUAUUUGACGAUGAUGAUGAGGGUGAUCUUUUCUCUGAUGCACCCAAACCUCCUGCGUCUGAACAGAAAAAAGCAGCGAAUGAAAGCACAAAAAGCACAGCUCAAGCUGCACAAUCUAGCAAUCCUGAAAAGAAGAUCCCAGCGGGAGCUGUUUCAAUAUUCCCAGAUGACAGCCUGUUCAGAUCAGGAAAUGAUCCUGAUUCAGAGGAGAACAAAGUUAACGGGACGCCAGCUCGUAAAACUAGUGCCGCCUCGAAGCAGACUCCAGCAGGAGCUGGUGGUGGAGUCGGAGGUGGGCUGUUUGAUGAGGAUGAUGAGGAGGAUGACUUCUUCAGUGGUAAAAGCCUGAAAAAGUCUGACUCUGCUGGACAGGAGAAACCCAAGAAAGCGAUUGACCUUUUCGAUGACGUUGAGGAUGAGGAUGGUGACAUAUUUGGGGACAAGUACAGUGCACCUACUCCAACUCAAGCCAAGAAGGAGGUGGAAGUAGAGCAAGUUAAACCGCCUGAGAAAAAGAUGCCGGCAGGAGCCAUCUCCAUGUUUGGUCCUGGGACUAAAAACUUGCUCAGUGAGGGCCUAAAAAAACGUCGGCAGUCUACCAGCGAGGAGUCAGAGAAAUCCGAGGAGAAUGGCCCUGUUCCCGAUGUUGGGAAAGCUGCGGCUAAGGAGACUCAGAAACCUCAAACUGGAAGCCUCUUUUCUGAUGAUGAAGACACACAGGUAUUUCCUAACAUCCCUAAGAGCCAGUCUAUGACUGAACCUGCGAGCAAAGGAAAAGCCAGCAAGGCCCCUUUGUCUUUAUUUGAUGACGAGGAAGAAGAGGAUCUGUUUGCAUCUGCAGCUAAAGCUAAACCAAAACCUACUCAAGCUAAGGCCUCCACACCGCAACCCAGCAAGGCAGUAACCGGCUCCCUCUUCAGCGAUGAUGAGGAUCAGUGGAUAAGUUCAAAAACCAGCGCAACAAAGCCAGAGACCAAGACAGGAGGGAUGAAGCCCAGCACCAGUGCCCCGUCCAGUCUCCCCAGUGCCAGAGCGUCUCAAAAGAGCAGCCUCUUUGACGAGGAUGAGGAAGACGACCUGUUUGCUCCAACAAAACCGUCGAGUCAGAAGAAGCCUCAGAGGGUUGCUCUGUUGUUUGAAGAUGAGGGUGAUGAUGAUGAAGAUAAAGGAUCCCUCUUUGGUAUCAAACCGGCGGCGAACACAAACACCGCAGCCCCAACUAAAACACCUGAGGUGACGCCUCAGCCGUCCCCGCUGCAGGAGAAGUCUAAGGAGGCUGCAGUUUCUAGGACAGCAGCGAAGGAGGAGCCAUCAGGACACGAAGAGAAAAAAGCUGCAGCAAAGAGCCCUGAGCCACUCCCGGCAUCGCCCUCACCAGAGAGCACUGAAAGCAAAAAGAAGCCCGCUGGGGCAGUCAGCCUCUUUGGAGGCAUUGAUGUUUUUGCCAAUAAGCAGACAAAGAGCCCAUUCGCUGGAACAGACCAGGAUGACAUCUUCGCCUCUAAGGACAGCCCACCACCGAACGUUAAGGUUGGGGAGAAGAAGGAAGAGAAGGUCAAAACAAACGCUGUCAGUCUGUUUGACGAUGAAGAGGAAGAUGAAUCGGAAUGGAGCGAUCCGAUAUUCACGCCCAGUAAACCCACAGAAGAGAAAACACUAAAGCCCACAGAGGAGCGAAUGCAGGCAAAGAGCACAGGUGUGUUCCAGGACGAAGAGCUGCUGUUCAGUCAGACUCAACAGAAGGACAAUGACCCGGAUGUUGACCUCUUUGCCACCUCAGGGAAAGCUGCAAGCUCCAAAGUCAGCUCUGUGAAGCCAGCAGCACAAAGUUUGUUUGCAGAUGAUGAGGAAGACGACCUGUUCGGCUCCACCAAGCCGAAACCACCUCCUCCGAAGGUAGCAGAAAAACCCAGUAAACUUAAUGACAGAGCACCACUAGCAAGUCCAGAGCCUGUAUCAGAGACUCAGAAACCUGCACCAAGUCCUGUAAAACCUAAAGAUUCCUCUUCAAGGAUUGGGAAACUUCAAGCCAGUCUUAUGAUCAACCCUGCUGCUUUGCUCCCUGGAGCUGUAAGCGUACUCCCAGGCAUGGGUCCUAGUUCCUCCUCUGGGGUUUCCAGCUCCAGUCUGAGCCCAAGCCCUGCCACAACUCCUGUAGGGGCCCAGGCAGACACUGAAGGGGCGGUGAGCUUUGAAACCCCAGUCCAGGUCGCUACCCUGCAGAGUGCACACAAGAGUCGCCCCAAAGGUUCUGCACAUCGGAGACCACAGUCCAGAGCAGCAAGGCAGCAAGCAGCCCAACUAUCUGUGGAGGAUAAAGAAGACACCCUAGACGGCAAUGUUUCUGCGCCAACACCAAGUCUGUCUGGUUUAGACUUACCUCCACCAGAAAAAUCCAGCCAUACACACAUCAGUCCAACGCUAUCAACCUCAGCUGCUCCUGCUGCCUUGCCCACGUCCUCAACUCCUCAACCUGCGCCUUCCCAAAUCUCCCCCAGGCCCUCGGAACUGACUCUGCCAGUUACAACGAAUGCUGGAAAGAAAGACUCUAGUAAGAACAGCAGCGCGGUGCUGCCGCCUGCCGAUGACGACGACCUUUUCGCCUCCGACAGCCUGUUCGGGGCAACCUCAGUCACGCCCUCCACCAAACAAACUACGAAGGCCGCGCAACCUCAGGCCAGUAGCGCGGUGGGGUCGAAGAAAGACAAAGACAAAAGCACACUUCCAUCCAUUUUUGAUGACAACACCGAUGACCUCUUCCAAAAGGUUAAGCCGAGGCCAGCCACUAAGAAAGCCAAGGCCUCAUCCUUUUUGGAAGAUGACGACGAUGACGAGGACAUCUUCGGACUGAGCAACAGCUCCACUCCCUCAUCCACAAGUAGUAAAGAAAUCAAGAACAGCAGUAGCUUUUCAAAACAGGACAUAUUUCAGGAUGAAGUAGCCGCUGUGCCUAAGGUUCACAAGAAGCACAAAGAGAAGAGCAUUGAUGUCAGCUUGUUUGACGAUAACAUAGACAUUUUUGCUGACCUGACAGACACUUUAAAACCAAAACAGAAGGCCAAGACAAAGGGAGAGACCAAGUCAAUAUUUAAUGAUGACAUGGAUGACAUUUUUGCACCGAGCCCAGUAAAACCAGCGGCAAAGACUCCCCAUAAAUCAAAAAAAACACCACCAUCCCAGGAGACCAGUACAACACCAGAUUCAAGUAACAUAUUUGAUGAUCCACUAAACGCUCUGGGCGGCAACUGAGCUGCAGUUUCGGGGUAGCCAGAUUUGUACAAUUGUGCAUUCAUUCUUUUGUCAUUUGGAUCACUGAGAGAUAUAAAAAAAAAACACUGUUGACAGAGUAUUUAUUCAUAUAAAUUCAUAUAAAUACUGUGGCUUAUUUUUGGCAGAUAAAUACUAAAAUGAAAAUUAUUCCAGUCAUCUUCCAAAAUCAUCUUGGCAUCCUAGUUAUUAUAUACUGUUAGUCUUUAUUAUUCAUGAUAGCACUUUAUAAGCAUACAUUGUGCUUUGCCUCAAAACCUGCAGAAAUUUAACAGUAAUUUUUUUCUUUCUUUUUUCGUAUCUUUUGGCUUUGCCAUGUGAGAUUCCAUGUCUUUGGGUUUGUGCCAUAUCAUGUUUUUUGAGAAAUCAGUGUUUACUUACUUUCUUAGUCAUUUUGACAAUGUUUUUAUUAAGAAAUUCAUCCAUUUCUUAACUUUGGCUGUGAUGAAAAAGAAAAUCCAUUUUUAAUAACUAAAAAGAAACAUAUUUUAUGCUA